CAAUCACAGCGCUCCCCAAAAUCCUCCUGCGCGCUCCCCAUUAUAAGAGCCCUGGCCCUCCUAGUCUGGCAGACACCUCUCCAUCUCUGUGGAGAGACACCUCUGUCCAGGCCAGGGUUUCUAUUACCUGCCGUGUUUGUUGACGCUGUAACCAGUUCAGUGGAUAAAGUUCAGAAGUUGUAAGAACCCUAGAGAUUACAGAAAAGUUUUGAAAGACACGAUGCGGGAAGAGGAUCCUUUUCAAAUGGACAGUGCAGGGAACAGUGAGGAAGAGACAGACUGUCAGCUGCCGAGGAGAGGCGCAAGGAAGCGGAGGGCGACACGGAGGAGUCCGGACGAGGAGGACGACACGGAGAGUCCGAGUCCAGGAAAGAAGAAAUGCAGAAAGAGCUGCGAGGCAGGAGACGGCAGCGCGGGUAGCGGCGGCAGUGAAGGCAGCAGCAGCCCCAUUCCCUCCUUCGAUGACCUGCACACACAACGCGUGAUGGCCAACAUCCGCGAGCGGCAACGGACGCAGUCGCUCAACGAGGCUUUCACGUCGUUACGUAAGAUCAUUCCCACUCUGCCGUCCGACAAGCUCAGCAAGAUCCAGACGCUGAAGCUCGCGUCCCGGUAUAUCGACUUUUUGUGCCAAGUUCUGCAGAGCGACGAGCUGGACGCGCGAGGGACCAGCUGCAGCUACGUGGCGCACGAGCGGCUGAGCUAUGCGUUUUCCGUCUGGAGGAUGGGGGGCGCGUGGUCCUUGUCUACUACGACCCACUAGCAGGCUGCUGUGGAUGGAACAGCACGAUAAUUCUGACCAAACAACCAGUGGAUCCGGCCGAUCCUUCAGACUGAAACAGGACAAUCCCAGAUGAAGUUGUGCUGCUGUGUUUUAGGCCUGGGAGGAGAGCAGGCUUUUCUUACAUUUCCCUCUGCAUGGACUGAAAUGUUUGCUAAGGAGCACUUAGGACAGAGAGGACCAAUAUGAAGGAAGAAAGACCACUGCGACUAUGAAUGUUGUAAAAACAAAGAUGAGCUCUGAGGAACUGCUCUGUUUUGGAAACACAAGAGAAUCACCUCCUUCCACAUUCCCUGUGACAAUGUCUCACAGCAAAUGAAAUAUUUUCUAUUUAUUUUUCUACACAGGCUCUAAAUUCCAUUUCCCUUCCCUUUCCAAUAAAGCGUAUUUAUUUUGGAAUAUCUCGGAAUGCUGAAUAGAUCUGCAGUCUGCACAUUUUGAGUGUUGUAAAUAUUUGGUAAUAUUUUGA